AUGACUCAAUCGGUGUCGAAAAAUAACAUUUUACCGGAGUUUUUGCAAUACAUGAUCGAGAUAUCUGAGGAUCCUGUCGAAUUCAAGUCUUUGGAAAAAGAAGCACGCAAGUUUUAUGAACACCAUCGCAAUGAGAAACAAAUUGAUAGUAUAGUGGAUAGAAUAACCAAAUCAUUCUCAGGACUUGACUCUUCGCUUGGGGAAUACACUCUAAAACAGGAGUUACAAAUUGCCUACACUUUCAGAUUAGACAUUUCAAAUGAGAUUCGUGAGAAACUCAAGAAACUUGGUUAUCUGGAGAUGCAUUACUUUAAAAUUCAAGGAUUUAUUUCGAAUGAUGAAGCUUUUCAAGAGAUGAAGCGAAUCGGAGAGCCGGAUCCACAAAACACUAUUGAAUAUUUUUUUACCAUGUCGGAAAAACUCUACAUGAUCCAAUCAUUUGAAGAUCUUGUAGCUCGGUUCAAGAAAUGGAGGAAAGCACAAUCUGGUUGGGGACCAGUAGAUGAUGAAUAUUUGUUCAAUAAAUUCGCAAACCAUUUGACUGAUAUUCUCCCCGAAUCAGUCAAAUUUGUUUAUCUCAUGCAUCUAGUACGCAUCAAAAACGGCGGAAAGAAGAUGGCAUUGCUUAAGGAGAUGGAGAAGGGAUUGGAGAAGGAUGGAAUAUUUUAUCAAUUCGAUGAUAACAACAAACUUAAAAAAUUUGAGGUCGAAGAAAGUUUUUAUAAAGAGUUCCGUGACCGCUUAGUGGAGAUUCGCGUUGAAAGAGGAGAGAAUAUAAAGGAGUGCUCCGAGAGACCAAAUGACGAGCAAGAGAACAUUGUUUUGAGAAAAUCAGAGACACCGAAAAGAACUUCGCAGUUCCAAAGGUACAAACCUGAGGAGCUCGAUGAAAUAAUUAAAUUUAUUAUCCUCGAAAUGAAAGAAAAGAAGGAGGACUUUAAUUUGAAAGUAACCUGUGAAAAGUAUAUUAAAAAUACCUCAUCAAGAAGGAAAUGCAGUACAAUGGAGACCAAAGUCACCGAAAUUCUAAAGAAAAAUGUUGUGACGUCAAAACCCUAUGAUUUGGAUACACGAAUUCUGAUUCAUUUUGCUCUAAAAUGGCCGCUUGAUGUAUUUUUCAUUGGAGAAUUAGUCGAAGUAUUCUAUAAAACUCCAGUUGAAGAAUUCGUUUUAAACAAAAAUAAUAAAGUGAUUCGUUACAAGUCAAGGCAAGGAUUCAGCCUAGAGCGAUCUGACUCGGAUUUUAUGGAAGCCAGUUAA